GCGCUGUGAUUGGCGGAGAGCAUCAGUGUUACCAGAGGCAGCUGUCUGCCAGAUCAGCUGAUGCCAGUAAACAUGUCACAUCUUCAGUACCUGGACGAGCUGGUCAAAGAAUAUUUGUUGUUUCGAGGCUUCAGCCACACAGUGAGGUCACUUGACAAUGAACUGAAGAUUGAUAAAGACAAGGGCUUUCGGGUAGAUCGUUUGGUUGACCAGGUGCUGAGUAGCAUUCAAACGUAUGAUUUAAUAGGACUUCGGGAAUUAUGGGCACACCUAGACAGAAGAUUUUUCGCUCGUCUUCCUCAUACACUGCUGCCAUGUGUGCGAAAAUUAGAAACAAGUAUCCUACGGCUCUAUGUCAUCAAUACUAUCCAGACCACUAAACCGGACAAAUUAAUAGAGUUUUUUGAAAAGAUGGCAGCAGACUUACAGAGCCAAUCUGAAUGGAGGGAAUGGUUCAUUCUGCCAUAUUUGAAAGGAGUGGAAGAAAACCCCGCAUUUGCUAUGUACUUCACAAGACAGUGGCAGGACACACUCCUGGUAUCUCUACACAAUUUCCUUGCUGUUGUCUUCCAGAGUAUUGAAUUACCAACGUUAGCCAGCUACCGUGAAGAAGCAUCCAAGAUUGCAAAACUUCAGGAAGAGAAUGAGCUUUUGCGAGCACGUCUAGCAGCUCUCACUACUUGUGACCAGCCAACCUUGGAGCACCUGAGUGUACCAGACCCACCACCUCCUCCACAUCUUAUGGAUGACUUUUAUAAUAUUGCCCAGGAAGCUCCAUCAUCUGAUAGCCAGCUGAAAUCUUUAAAAACAAUCCUCUUUGGACUUGGAGGUGGCCUUCCAACAUCACCAAUCCUUGGUCGAAAAGGAGUAGGUGGUGGUGGUGUCUCAAUGAUCCCUCAGCCCAGCCCUUCCACGAGUCAGGCACCAUCAACUAGUAAUCAAGGUCCUUCAUCUGCAUCAGGUCAUCCAGUUGUGAGAAGAACAAUUUCACAAGCACCAGCAGAGGAGAAGAAGAGGAUGCGAUCCUCAAGUGUUGCUAGCAUGUCUUCCAGUCGUAAUAGUGGUGAACACAUCGCUGUAAAGAGACUGGUUCAAACAACGGCUUCAUCCACUCGACCUUCACGUUCACCAACAAAGAUCAGACCUCAGGAAGACUCUGCCUCAUCCACAAAGACUGAGCUAACAAGUGACAAAGCUUCAUUCUUAUUGCUUGGACAGGAGGAAUAUUGUGAGCACCGAGCUGUAGUGACACAUGCGGUAUUUAAUCAGUCAGGGACCUUGGUGGCUUCAGCAGACACUGAUGGUGUGGUAAAACUCUGGUCACCUUCACCAUCUCCCAAAACUCAUUGUGGAGUGGUGGUAAAAAGUGCUGUCACAGCUGUGGAGUGGUUGCCACGGGGUGAACGAUUCCUGCUCAUUGCCACCAAGGCUGCUACCCUACGUCUUUUUGACACCCGAGACAAGAAGACAGUGUGGGAAAUUGGACCCGACACAUGUCCAGUUUUUAAGGAUCAAAGAAUAAUGGGUGUGCGCAUGAGUCCAGGUGAGGGUAGUGCAGUGGUGAGCGUCGCCCCGCGAGUGCGUCCUCAGGGAACCUCAACACCUCCCGCACCUCCAGCACUACACACACUAGACAUGAAGAGUCUCAGAGUGGAGAGUUCUUACAGGAUAGAAGGCGGUGUAGUUAAUGGGUGUAUAAUGAACCACAAUGGUGGCUUGCUUGUAUGUGGUUGCAAUGAUGGUUCAGUGAGAAUUAUUGACUUACGAUGCCCUGACGUCAUAGCUUCUUGGCCAGCACAUCAAGGAGAAGUAUUCACAGUUCGGCUCUCACCUCAAGAGAAUAAUAUCUACACCAUUGGCAGUGACAAUAGAUUUGCGUGUUGGAGCAUGGCCCAGACGGGUGCACGUGUAAUGGACCACGUCCUCCACGAACGUGCUGCUGGACCCUUCCUGGUUGGUGUUGGAGGAGGGGCAGGUUCAGGGCGCAGUGUUCUCCUACGUCCUUAUGGUCCAUUGUUUGCCCUACAUCAGGAUGGAGACCAUGUGCUAACAUGCUCACCAUCUGGACCUAUUGUAUACAAGGUUGGUGACAACAACCUGGAGCAGGCACUGGUGGUGGGUGGGCACAGAUCACCUGUAGUGACUGUGGACUGGUGUAACGCCCUUCAGUGUGGCACCUCGGUAGCUGCAGCACUCGACGGCUCUGUUACAGUUGCCACAUUAAUGCAUCAGUGAAGGACAAAUUGUGCCCACUCCACCCUCUCAACCUCUUCACGACAUACACAAUCGUUUCUAAAUUCUUUAAUGUACGGUAAGCUAAAUUCAAUAGAAGAUACAUAAUUAUUUUUCAUAAUACUAUAC